UCCUGGGUUUUCCAAUAAAUUCAAUUCCUGAUAUUUGAAUCCAAAUCAAUAACCACAGCACAUUCCCCACAAGAACUUAUUAUAUCUAAUAAAUUUUCCUUAAAUACUAUACCAGUUUCAACCCAACAAAAACAAAAAUGAAAAUGAUUAAUCAAAAUCCUUUGUCCUUGUUCUUUCUUCUUUACACCCUGUUUCUUGCAGCCACAGCAGUAGCAAGUAUCACACCAGGAUCAAUUCUUUAUGCUUCUAACACAAACCAAGUUUGGUCUUCUCCAAACAAUACUUUCUCAGUUGGAUUUAUCCCAGUUAACUCUCAAACUUCCCCUCCUUCCUUUCUUGCAGCCAUUUACUACUCUGGUGGCGUACCCAUUUGGACUGCAGGCACAAAUCCUGUUGACAUAACUGCUUCUCUCCAGUUCCUCUCUAAUGGAGCUCUCCGUCUUCUCAAUGGCUCAGGCAAUAUUGUCUGGGACUCUAACACAGAUAAUCUUGGGGUCUCCUCUGCUUCUAUUGAUGAAACGGGCAAUUUGGUUCUCAAUAACAGCACCACCACUGUCUGGUCUAGUUUUGACAAUCCAGUUGAUACAAUUGUCCCUUCUCAAAAUUUCACUGUUGGUAAGACUUUACGAUCUGGGGUUUACUCAUUUAGUCUCCUUAGCUUUGGGAACAUUACUCUUAGAUGGAAUAAUAGCAUUACAUAUUGGAGUAAAGGUUUAAAUUCUUCAUAUAAUAGUGAUAAUACUAGUCUGACUUCACCUAGUUUAGAAUUGCAGUCCAUUGGAACUUUAUCUGUGUUUGAUCAAACAUUGCCAUCGGUUGGAGCUAUCUUAGCUUAUAGUAAUGACUAUGCAGAAGCUGGUAAUAUAUUAAGGUUUCUGAAAUUAGAUAAUGAUGGGAAUUUAAGAAUUUAUAGCUCUCAAAUAGGUAGUGGAACCCAAACAGUGAGAUGGGCAGCUGUUGAAGAUCAAUGCAGGGUUUUUGGAUAUUGUGGAAAUAUGGGAAUUUGCAGUUAUAAUGAUACAGAUCCAAUUUGCAUGUGCCCAUCUCAGAAUUUUGAGUUUGUUGAUCCAGAAGAUACUAGAAAAGGGUGUAAAAGGAAAGUGGAGAUUAAUGAUUGUCCAGGAAAUGUAACAAUGUUAGAUUUAGAUCACACGUUGCUACUUACAUAUCCUCCACAAAGCAUAUUUGCUGGUGCAGAAUCAGAAGUUUUCUUUGUUGCUGUUUCUGCUUGUAGGUUAAAUUGUCUUAUGGAUUCUGUUAGUUCUUGUGAGGCUUCUACUGUAUUAUCUGAUGGCACUGGUCAAUGUUACCUCAAGAGGUCUGGAUUCAUUCCUGGUUAUUCAAGUCCUUCACUUCCUUCAACUUCACAUAUUAAGGUUUGCUCGCCUGUACUUCGAAACCCAUUACCUUCUUCUCUAGCUUCUGAUAAAAGUAAUGGAUGGAGAGUGCAGGGUUGGGUUUUGGUUAUCGAAGGAAUAGCUAUUGUCUUCGGUUUGCUCAGUUUGGAGACUGGUUUAUGGUUGUGGUUUUGUAGAAACAGACCAAGAUUUGGUGCAUUUUCUGCUCAAUAUACUCUUCUUGAGUAUGCUUCUGGUGCUCCAGUCCAGUUUCAGUAUAAGGAUCUUCAACGCGCAACAAAAGGGUUCAAGGAGAUUCUUGGAAGUGGAGGAUUUGGAAGUGUAUAUAAAGGAGUUGUCGACAAUGGAAUGGUUGUUGCAGUUAAGCAACUUGAAGGAAUUGAACAAGGUGAGAAACAGUUCAGAAUGGAAGUUGCAACUAUAAGUAGCACUCAUCAUUUGAAUUUAGUAAGACUAGUUGGUUUCUGCUCCGAGGGCCGCCAUAGACUAUUAGUAUAUGAGUUUAUGAAAAGUGGGUCACUCGAUAAAUUCCUUUUCAUCACAGAGAAUAAUCAAAGUGGAAAGUUUUUAAAUUGGGAUCAAAGAUUUAGCAUUGCCCUCGGCACUGCCAAGGCCAUUACAUACCUUCAUGAGGAGUGUCGCGACUGCAUUGUUCAUUGUGAUAUAAAACCUGAAAACAUUCUCUUGGAUGAGAAUUACGCUGCAAAAGUCUCGGAUUUUGGUCUAGCAAAGCUAAUCAAUACAAAAGAGCAUAGAUACCGGACUUUGACAAGCAUUAGAGGCACUAGAGGAUAUUUAGCACCAGAAUGGCUUGCAAAUCUUCCCAUAACAUCAAAAUCUGAUAUUUUUAGUUAUGGAAUGGUUUUGUUGGAAAUAGUAAGUGGAAGAAGGAAUUUUGAAAUGUCAGCAGAAACAAACAUGAAAAAGUUUUCAAUUUGGGCCUAUCAGGAGUUUGAAAAGGGGAAUGUAUCGGGAAUUAUUGACAAAAGACUGUUCGAUCAGAAAGUGGAUAUGGAGCAAGUAAGGAGAGCAAUUCAAGUAAGCCUUUGGUGCGUACAGGAUCAACCUUCGCAACGACCAAAAAUGGGUAAAGUGGUGCAAAUGCUAGAAGGGAUUGCAGAUAUUGAUAGGCUUCCUUCCCAUUUAGCAAUGGCUGAAGAGUUCACUACUGAAAUUACUACAGAUUUUAGUAGCAAUAUAAGCAAUUUUUCAACAGUCUCAGCACCAGCUCCUACUACAUCUUCAUCAUUUAAUGUUUCAGGUGCAGGUAGAGGUUCUUCAACUUCUGUUUCUGAGUCAAGCUUAGAAAAGGCAUCUUCGGCUCUUUUACUAUCAUAAACUAAGUUCAACUCACUCUGUGACAUUACUUUUUGUUGAUAUUGUUUUUAUUGAACUCAUGGUUUAAAUUUGUGUUGAAAAUAAUAGGAUUUGGAUUGUUUAUAUAUGGUUUGUAGUUGCAGAUAAAAUUGUAUGGUUUUACCGACCAUUUCUGA